AUGUCCCGCGACAUCACGGACAUGCACCCCGAAAAGGGCGCCCCGUACGCCGACGAAGACGUCGAGGCCAUCGCUCUCCACGAGCGCGACCUCGAGGCGCGCAGUCGCAACCCGCUCGAGGGCAUCCCGCGCGACGAGCUCAUGCGCACCGUCGAGGCCUUUGCGCGCGCGCGUGGCCUCGAGCGACACAUCCCCGUCCUGCGGAAAGGCGCGCUGCUCGCGCAGAACCCCGACGACGCCGGCCGCCUGAUGGACGGCACCGACGAGGCGCUGACGCCCGCCGAGGCGGCCGUGCUGGGCCGCGAGCGCACCAGCCGGUGGGCGAUGCCCGCGCGCCUCUUCUGGACCAUCGCCAUGUGCUCCGUCGGCGCGGCCGUGCAGGGCUGGGACCAGACCGGCGCCAACGGCGCGACCAUCUUCUUCCCGCGGCACUACGGCAUCGGUGGCGACAGCGCGCGCGAGCAGAUCCUCGUCGGCCUCAUCAACGCGGCCCCGUACAUUGGUAGCGCCUUCAUCGGCUGCUGGCUCUCCGACCCCCUCAACAACCGCUUCGGCCGCCGCGGCGCCAUCUGGUUCUCCGCGCACUUCUGCAUCUGGCCCGUCCUCGGCUCCGCCCUCUGCCACACCUGGCAGCAGCAGCUCGCCUGCCGGCUGCUCAUGGGCGUCGGCAUGGGCGCCAAGGCGACGACCGUGCCCGUCUACGCCGCCGAGAACGCGCCGGCCUCGAUCCGCGGCGCCCUCGUCAUGUCCUGGCAGAUGUGGACCGCCUUCGGCAUCAUGCUCGGCACCGCCUUCAACCUCGCUGUCUUCCACGUGCCCGACGUCAACUGGCGCCUGAUGCUCGGCGCGCCCUUCAUCCCCGCCGUGCCCCUGCUCGUCGGCAUCUACCUCUGCCCCGAGUCGCCGCGCUGGUACAUGAAGAAGGGCCGCUACGCCGACGCCUGGCGCGCCAUGUCGCUGCUGCGCCACGGCGAGAUCCAGGUCGCCCGCGACGUCUUCUACAUCGGCACGCAGCUCGAGAUGGAGGAUCCCCUGGCGCGGGGCCGGGGAGGGGGCCAGGGAGGCUGCUCGAUCGGCAUCGUCGGCCGCUUCGCGCAGCUCUUCACCGUGCCGCGCGUGCGCCGCGCCAACCUCGCCGCCGUCAUCGUCAUGCUCGCGCAGCAAAUGUGCGGCAUCAACAUCAUCGCCUUCUACUCCACCUCCAUCUUCAAGGAGGCCGGCCUCACCGACUUCCGCGCCAUGAUCGGCUCUUUCGGCUUUGGCGUCGUCGGCUGGCUCUUCUGCUUCCCGGCCCUGACGGCCAUCGACUCGUAUGGCCGCCGCAGCCUGCUGCUCUUCACCUUUCCCCAGAUGUUCUGGACCCUGCUCGCCGCCGGCCUCUGCACCCUCAUGGACCGCGACAUGGGCGACGUCCGCACCGGCUUCGUCUGCCUCUUCGUCUUCUGCUUCGCCGCCUUCUACUCGCCCGGCUGCGGCGUCGUGCCCUACAGCUUCGCCGCCGAGGUCUAUCCGCUCGCCGUCCGCGAGACGGGCAUGGGCUUCGCCGUCGCGACCUGCCUCUUCUGGGCCGCCGUCCUGGGUACCUCGUUCCCGUUCCUGCUGCACGAGGCCAAGACUGUGGGUGCCUUUGGAGUGUAUGCGGGGCUCAACGUCAUCGCCUUUAUCCUCAUCUUCCUCUUCGUCCCCGAGACCAUGCAGCGCUCGCUCGAGGAGCUCGACUGGAUCUUUGCCGUCCCCGUACGUCAGUUCGCCCGCUACCAGGUAACGGUUGCCCUGCCGUGGUUCUUCAGACGCUACGUGCUCUUCCAAAAGAACGCCACAAAACCUCCACUGUACCACUUUGAGGCUGUCGAACAGGCUAAGAAACAGGGUCGUUACAUUGCUCCCCUGGCCAGCCAGGAUGAUGAGAAGCGCUUUUACUAA